ACUGGUUUGGGGGUAGGUUCUCAGACUCCCGGCGCUCUGUAUGGGAAUGGAACUGUGUCUAUAAAGGCUACUUGAUUACUCCGCAGUUCAGACUGGGCUUCCUGCACACAAACUGUGUUUAUUCUCUAAAGGAAAAUGGUUAGUCGGUGAGUAAAUCCUUUUUGUACAUUUUCCUUAGCUUCGCAUAACAUUUUCCCAUACAAGAAUAUAGUAAGUUGGUGAGCAAACCAACAUUUUGCAGACUUUCCGCAUUGCAUAACUUUGACAGGAGUAUGUAAAUUGUUGAGUAACUGUCUCCUUGUGCUAACUUUGCAAAGCUUUUUGAUUUUUAGAAUUUUUUUCUCCUCGCAUUACUGUUUUACUGCACGCUAUUGUCAAGCAGUUGAACAUAUUUUUCUGGUCUCAGAUUGUAGUUUUUGGUUUUGAUGAACAAGUAAAACUUUUAAUUUAGGCCAGAAUGAGGUACCUAAUUUGGGUUUUUAGGUCAGGGCAGAAAACGUUUGUCAGUUCAGCAGCCUAUUCUUUUUUGUAAAUAGAUGUUAUAUUUGAUAACUUAUUUGUUUUGAUUUUCAGAAUUCAGCAUCCGGCUGGUGGGUACAAGAAAAUCUUUGAGACGUGUGAAGAAUUGAAUGAGCCUAUUCCUGCUAUGGUUGUAGGUAGGUGAGGAAAAGGUCUCUUAGACUCCACUCCCCUUUGGUUUACAAGCGAGAAGGUUUGGUUUUUAUCAUGGUUGAGGUUGAGUGAGCAUUGAGCACAACAGGGUAACAUGGAUCAUUUCAUGCUGUGUUCAGGUGUGAUUCCAGAAUGGCUGAGUGGCAGUCUAUUGCGUCUGGGACCCGGCCUGUUCGAGGUGGGGGCUGAGCCUUUCUACCACCUCUUUGAUGGCCAGGCCCUCAUGCACAAGUUUGACCUAAAGAAUGGCCAUGUGACCUACUAUCGGAAGUAAGCCCCUGUGUGUUGAUGUUGACUUCAGUGAUAAUGCAUAACACGUUUACACACUGAAGGUGGUGAAAUAUAUAUGAGGAGGGCUUGCAAUUUUACAGUAACACACUGGUAGUAGUUGUGCAGUUAUGUGAAAUGUUCCCCUCUGCCUAUAAAUUUGACUGGAAUGUUUUGGGGAACCUCAGUGUGGGCUGUUUCUAAUUUAAAACAGUGAAUACCAAAGCACAGAGACCUGCUACGUCUGCUCUCAAAAGCUUCUGAAAGCUGAAACAAGUGGGCCUAUCAAUUCCCAAUCUGUAUGUUCCAAACUACAUGUUGUUUAAAUGAUGGUUUUAAUUGUUUUUAAAGGUCCAAUGCAGCUGUUUUUAUCUCAAUAUCAAAUCAUUUCUAGCUAACAAUUAAGUACCUUACUGUGAUUGUUUUCAAUUAAAAUGGUCAAAAAGAAACAAAGUAAUUAUUCAAGCAAGAAUUUAGCUAGGACUGUCUGGGAGUGGUCUGAGUGAGGGACCUAAUUGGAGGAGCCUAAUGGGGGAGCGACAGUAUGUAUCCUGAAAAUGAACUGUUAUUGGCAGAGCAGUUUAAGUCUUUGUUAUUGGUCAAUUAACUUAUACCACCUGGUGAUGUCGCCAGGCAAGCCAAAACUACAUCCCUCCAAAACAGGCUGAAAUUCCAAGCAUAUAUUUUUUGAUUUUUUCAAACUGCUCUUACACUAAAAGGGUAUUAUCAUAAUUUUCACAAUUUCACAGUAUUUCAACUUCAGAGUGGAAAUACCAAAGAGAACACAGGAAACUCUGGUUUUUGACUGCACUGCCCCUUGAACUAUUUCCUUUAAAAAAAAACGUAGUCGAUGUCCGCGCCCAGCGCAAAUUGAAUUAGCAUAAUAAAAAAAUUCCCAUUAAAAUCAGUCCGUUUUAGCUAGAGCUAUAUAUUGUUUUGCAUUGGAUGAGUCUCAAUCCACCGCAUCCGCCGAUGUCCCACUUCCACAUCUGCUGUAAAAGGUGACCGAGCUAGAGCGGUGUUUGUCAGACCAUGAGACAUCCCGAAAAUCGGUGUUCUCACAAAAUCGCCUGUAGCGUCUGAAGAUGGGACUCUCACGAACACAAUGGUGUUCUCUGUUUUGCUUUACGACCCCCACAAGCGUCUUGGGACUUGUCUGUAGUGGGUCCAGCUGAUCUGCCAACUUCUGUCUGUAGCGUCCGAACAGUUUGGGCUACACACUAAUAUGACCCCUCUGUGGAACACGUACAUGUCAUACAUGUUGUUUUGCUCUAGGACGCCCACAGGCCUCAAGACUUGUCUGAAGAUCCCACAGUACCAGUUGAAAAAAAAUGAAUGAAAGUACAGUAUAUAUGGAGACUGUUUAGUGCCAAAAAUAAGGGCUUAAAUACAUGUCCAAAAAAUAUUUUUUUCCUGAACUAAUAUCUCUGAUAUAGGACGGACACUUCAGAACAAACUUUAUUUAGAUUUUUUUGGGGGACUAUCUGUUCAAUGUAGUGAAUCUGUUAUUCAAUGCGUUUGUAUGGGCUAAUAAUUAACAGGGCUUAGACUGUUAUGGGUUAACUUAUGUUCCUCUGUAGAUUUGUCAAAACGGAUGCCUAUGUGCGAGCCAUGACAGAGAAAAGAGUGGUCAUCACUGAGUUUGGAACAGCAGCCUACCCAGACCCCUGCAAAAAUAUAUUCUCAAGGUCUGAUUUGCUCUAAUGUUAUGAUAAAGUAAAACAAAUGUCGUCAUGAUUCAGUUAUUAGGCAUUACAUACAAAUGAUCCAUGCUUUCCUCAUUUCAUGAACCCUUUUCUCCUUCUCUGUUGUCUUUGUAGGUUUUUCACCUACUUCAAAGGGAUUGAGGUGACAGAUAAUUGCUUAGUGAACGUGUACCCUGUUGGUGAGGAUUUCUAUGCCUGCACAGAAACCAACUACAUCACCAAAGUGGACCCAGACACACUGGAGACUCUGAAAAGGGUAUGUGCUGCUCACCCUGGCUAACAUCAGAUUGAUUGAACAUAAGAACUGUCAUACGCCACAAAGGAAAAGUCUCACAAACUGUUUCUCCAGGUGGACCUUUGUGAUUACCUCUCGGUCAAUGGGGUGACAGCUCAUCCACACAUUGAAAGUGAUGGAACGGUGUACAACCUUGGGAACUGUUUUGGGAAGAACAUGUCACUGGCCUACAACAUUGUAAAAAUUCCUCCCACACAGAAAGGUUAGUUCUGCAUACAGCAUUGAGACUAUUUUCUUGAAGUGAGAUGUCCCUAAAUUAAAUGCAUUGGGUCUUACUUGUCUGUCUUUUUCUGAUGCUUGUUUUCAGACAAGUCAGAUCCCAUUGAAAAGUCCAAGGUUCUUGUGCAGCUCCCCAGCAGUGAGAGAUUCAAGCCCUCAUAUGUUCACAGGUUAGUGACAUCGUUGAUUGAGUUCACAUUCUAUAUUGAAACAUUUGUGCUUAUUACAUUUAUUUCAAUGCUUUUUCUGUGUCCUCCAUCAGCUUUGGAAUGACAGAAAACUACUUUGUCUUUGUUGAGACUCCAAUAAAGAUCAACCUUCUAAAAUUCUUGACUGCUUGGAGCAUCUGGGGCACAAAUUACAUGGAUUGCUUUGAGUCAAACGAAACCAUGGGUGUAAGUAAAGGAACUUGUAGACCACUAUUCUCUAAUUGUAUACAAAGCCUGUUAGCAUUUCAAUACUGAUUAUUGAUAUAUUGGCACUAUAUUAAGCACACUAUUAUAAAUGUUUUCAUCACCAUAUAAUAGUAUAUUUUUUUCUUAUCUAGACAUGGUUCCAUCUGGCUAUGAAGGACCCAGCUAAAUACAUAGAGCAUAAAUUCAGGACCUCUGCCUUCAAUCUCUUCCAUCACAUCAACAGCUAUGAGGACGAUGGCUUCAUCGUUGUUGACCUGUGUACUUGGAAAGGGUGAAUACUGACCGGUUGUUAUAAUGACGAGAAUAACAGAUGUACAAGACACUUAUCCGGUGCCCCUUUCUCGUUUGGUUUCAGUCAUGAGUUUGUCUACAACUACCUAUAUCUGGCCAACCUGAGGGAGAACUGGGAGGAAGUGAAGAAAGCUGCUAUGAUGGCACCUCAGCCGGAGGUCCGGCGAUACGUUCUGCCCAUGGACAUUCACAGAGUAAGUUUUAUGCCCUUAAUCUUGUCAUUUCUGGAAUAAGGACUUAUCACUGCUUUGAUGCUAUCCUCUCAGGAUAGAGGACUACAUCGGUGAAGUCUUUCCCUUUUUUACUUGCAGGAGAAACAGGGGAAGAAUCUGAUAUCCCUUCCAUACACCACAGCCACUGCAGUGAUGCGCAGUGAUGGAACCAUCUGGCUGGAGCCUGAGGUUCUGUUUUCUGGACCACGACAAGGUAACCCACACACAGCUUGUUUCAUUAAACCUUGAUGGUUCCCCUAUUCUUAUAGCAUUUAAUGCCACUAAAUAUCUGUUCAUUUGUCAUAUCAUCAGUCGUAAGAUUUUUCUCAUUCGAUUGAAUCAGUCAUCUGAAUUCCUUUAUCAUUGCAGCAUUCGAGUUCCCUCAGAUCAACUACAGUAAGUUCUCUGGGAAGAACUACAGCUAUGCCUAUGGACUGGGUCUGAACCACUUCAUCCCUGACAGGGUGAGUCUAGCACACAGACGAGAACUAGUGGUACAUUAUCCAAGUCUGAUGAUUAGGUUUAUGAUUAAACUAACCUGCUGAUAGUCAUUCAGGGAGUAAGUUUGAUUGUGUCCUGCUCCAGAUCUGCAAACUGAACGUGAAGACCAAGGAGACGUGGGUGUGGCAAGAGCCAGACUCUUACCCCUCAGAGCCCAUCUUUGUGCAGACCCCAGACUCUGUGGAGGAAGAUGACGGUAAACAGAAGGGUUUUAGGGGAUUCUAUAAUAUCACAAUCUGUUGUCUAACAUUUCAACUGGAUCAGGUGGCAUGAAUUCCCAUACCUAAGCCGGAUUCACCUUACUGUGAUAUAAAAUGCUGACAUACCGGUAGUAUACAACUUGAAAUACAAAUGUAGGUAUGCCUCUCUCGCACACUUCUGGUUUUGUGAUUGUGAUACUGCUCUCUUUUCCUCCUGCUAGGGGUGUUGUUGAGUAUCGUGGUGAACCCUGGAGCAGACCAGAGGCCAGGAUACCUCCUCAUCCUCAAUGCCAGAGACCUGACAGAGAUCGCACGGGCUGAGGUGGAGGUCAUCAUCCCUGUCACCUUCCAUGGAAUGUACAAGCCUUAGGACUACUUUCUCAACACAUCUACAGGACAAUCAAUCAUGAUACUAAAACCUUUGUUGGAUUAUACUUUAUAUAAGACACCUACUUAUAGUGCAUUCGGAAGGUAUUCAGAC